CCAGAGAUAAUUAGAUCUGAUCAAUUUCCAGUCGAUUGCUAUUAAAUGACCGGGAGCUAUUAAUUUCCGGUCAUUUAAUAGCAAUCGACUGGAAAUUGAUCAGAUCUAAUUAUCUCUGGUGAAUUUUGCAUCAGUCGACAGCUAAGAGUCAGAUCUAACAAUCUAUGCAAAACCGGUCAAAAAUGACUUAGCUAUGAGCAAAACACUGAAAAACUUUUUGCACGCAUAACGGGAAAAUUUAUACAUAAUUUUUAACAUUUAACAAACAUUUUAUUUUUCUUCCAGAUUGCUCAGAAGUACAAUUUAUUGAUUAUCGAAGAUGAUCCCUACUUUUAUCUUCAAUUUAAUGUAAAUAUUAUUUACUAAUAUUAGUUUUUGAUAGUGCAUCUAUUUUUUGAUAAUUUUCAGGAAUUGUUACCAUCGUUUCUCUCAAUGGAUGUAGAUGGACGGGUUAUUCGUUUAGAUUCAAUGUCAAAGGUGCUUUCAGCUGGGAUGCGUGUUGGAUUGGUCACAGCACCAAAACAAUUAUUACAAAAAAUUGUUUUUCAUCAGCAAGUGACAAGUAUGCAUGCAUCCUCAUUAUCACAAAUAUUGAUACUAAAAUUAAUGGACAAAUGGGAUUUAAACGGAUUUCAAAAUCAUAUUGACAAAGUCCGCACAUUUUAUGCGAACCAAAAAACUGCUAUGGUCAAGGCAAUUCGAGAACAUUUAAAGGAUAUGGUAACGUUUGAUGAACCAGUAUGUGGUAUGUUUAUUUGGUUGAAACUAAAUGGUGUCAAAGACACCAGAAAAUUAAUAUUAGAAAAAGCCGUUAAACAAGAGGUGUUGUUGCUACCCGGAUCUUCAUUUUUUUAUGAUCAAUCAAAAUCUUACCCAUUUGUUCGUACAAGUUACUCUUUGUCAAAUUCUGAACAAAUGGAUGUUGGUAUGGCGAGAUUUGCAAAAUUAUUGCGAACUGAAAUUGAUGAACAACAACAAUUGGUUUGA